AUGGAAGUUGCUUCACCACUGCCAUUCGGACACACAGCUGCGGGCACAAAGAGACAGUUUCCAUGCACUCCUGUAGCAUUUGACACAACAAAUUGCAGUCCAUUCGGGGAGUCCGGAGAUGAUUUCCUCCAUCAACGCAGUUUCAAACGGCGGCGUUUCGCUGUUGACGAAUCCAUGGAAGGCGACACUGAGAACUCAGUAAACCAAACCCCUUUCAAUAAUCAUCAAGCAUUCCAAAAGCCAUUUUUAUCGGCAUCCUCUGCUCUAUCAGCCCAAUCUUUCAAGCGAUCCAGAACUGAAACCCCUCAGCACGAACUCGAAAAGGUUGUCACAUCACAAGCGAAUGAAAUCCAGUCGCUCAAGGAUGACAAACAAAAGGUGGAGACAUCUUUCAACGAUUUCAAAUCAGAACAUGAAAAGGUUCUGAACGAAAACAAAAUCCUGAAGAGGGCUGUCACCAUUCAACAAGAACGACAGAAUCAAGCUGCUUCCGAAAUUGAGGCCGCUCACAAGUACAAGUUUGAUGCCGAAGAGCGCAUCAAAAAGCUGGAACAAAUCAUCCUAUCUCUUCGCUACCAUCUCCAAACACAGCAAUCGAACACUCGGAACGAUUUCAUGGGCUUCCCUCACCGCCCACCGGAUGUAUACUAG